CUGUCUUCAGUCGCACCGACUCAUUCACUCUCUCUCUCUCCCUCUCUCUCGGUCUCAGACCCACGGACUCUCUCUCUGUCUCACUGUGUCUCUCCUCCGGGACUGGACCGGAAUCCCGCAGCCCCCGCACGGCAGGUUCCUGAACGGGGUCACCUCUGGUGAAAGGUUUCCUGAGGAUCUGAAUAUUGGCGACUGGGAUGUUCUGGCUAUGUUUACACUAAAAGAACACAAACCCAAGCGUUAGCAGAAGAGAAACUGGAGCACCUUGUGGUCAUGAUGUAGUUUCCCCUCAUGUGACACCACUGUUGCUGGUCAGUUGUGAUCGUCUGGGUCUAACAAUGGAGGAGGAGGCCAUGGAGGAUCUGAACCUGGCUUUUCUGCUGGAACACGAGAGAGAAAUGAUCCUGAAGGUGCUGCAGAAGGACGAGAAGCUGAGGAAGCGAGAGGAGAAGAGGAUACGGAAGCUGAAAAAUGAGCUCCUCGAGAUCCGACGAAAAGGCACCCGUCGGCCCGAGGAGUUGGAAGAGCGACAGUGCGCCCGCUGCUUGAAGACCUUUGGCCUGAUCUUCGACCGCGGGGAUCUUUGCGAGGAGUGUCAGCUGCGGGUCUGCAACGAGUGCCGCGUCCCCAACCCCAAAGGCCGCCAGUGGAAGUGCAACGUCUGUGCCAAGAUCUCGGAGCUGAAGGUGGUGACGGGAGAGUGGUUCCUGGAGGAGCGGUCCAAGCGCUUCGAUCAGGGGGGUCCGUGCAGUGAUGUCAUCAAACAGACAAUCAUGAGCAGCCCGAUCAUCACAGCCAAAUCCUCGACAGACAACCUGUUGGUCAACGCCGAGCGGGAAACAACCGGCUCCCCGAAAUCCAUCAGAAGCACAGCACUCAGCUCUGUGGACGACGCCAAGAGGAAACGAAGGAUGAAGGCGGAUAAGAAGGGAAACCGACUCGCCUUGAAGCCCGGAAACGGAGUCGACGCCAUGAGCGUCAAGUCUGCCUCGGACGGAGACGCUCAAAGUGUUCGGAGUGUGCGCUCGGCUCCGAGUCCACGUUCAAACAGAGGAGGCGUUGUGGCCCAGGAGUCCUCGGGGACGCCAACCGUGCUCAACAACCUACGAUCCCAAACUCCGGACAGAUCGUCCACAGCCAGCAACGGCCGGAGGGUCAGGCCUGAUGGAGCUGAAAGCGUCGCCAGUUUACACUCCAGUGACGACACUUCUGAGAAGAGAGCUGGUCGUCACAGGACCAACUCUGGCACGCCGGUCAUUUCUGUGUCACGGGCCUCGACCGUCUCAUCAGAUCACAGUCGCUCAGAAAUGGACUUGUCAGUUCCAGGUUCUGAACCCAGCAGUGAGGAAGCCCUGAGUCUCAGAAGCCGAUCGGUGCCCGGACUUAAUGAUACAGAGUUUUCCGAGGACGACGCGGAGGAGGACAUCGAUGCUCUGUUGUCCGCUCACAGCAAGACCCCGCGACGGCGCCUCAGCAACGCAGUGUCAACGUCUUCCACUCCUGGCUCAGAGAGAAAGUGGGGUUACCUGAAUGUCCUCGACUCGGACGCUGAGACUAGCAGCAUAAACAGCAUGAUGAGCAUGUACAGUGACACCGGUGACUAUGGCAACGCCAGGGUGAGCGGCGAGAUCCUGCUCAACAUCAACUACAGCUACAAGACGGGCGCGCUCAACGUCCAGGUCAAAGAGUGUCACAAUCUGGCAACCGGAGACGAGAGGAGGCAACGCACGGACGCCUACGUGAAGACGUACCUGCUGCCCGACAUGUCACGACAGAGCAAGAGGAAGACGAGGGUGAAGGCCAACACCAUCAACCCGGUGUUCAACGAGAACCUGAGGUACGUGAUCAGCCACUCGCAGCUGGAGACCCGGACCCUGCAGGUCUCCGUGUGGCACCACGACAGGUUCGGACACAACAGCUUCCUGGGAGAAGUGGAGCUGGCGUUCGACAACUGUGACCUGGAUUCCCAGAUGGAGGAGUGGUACGCUCUGCAGCCAAAGGUGGAGAGCAGUUUGGACACCACGGUGCAGUAUAAAGGAGAACUGACUGUCGUGUUGAAGUACAUUCCUGCGGAGAAGAAUCUCGCGCUGCCGCUGGACCAAGUGCAAGUGAAGAAAAGCUUCCUGAAAAGCAAGAGGACGAGCAACUUCACUCUCCCUAAAGGCGGAAUGGUGGAGCUGCUGGUCAAAGGAGCCAAAAAUCUAACUGCCGUCAAGUCUGGAGGGAUUUCUGAUCCGUUUGUGAAAGGGUACCUGCUUCCUGACAACAACAAGUCGACCAAGCACAAGACGGCGGUGGAGCGGCGCACCGUGAACCCACAGUGGAACCACACCUUCACCUACUGUGGUCUUCAGCCCGGAGACCUCAACAACGUCUGCCUGGAGCUCACCGUGUGGGACAAAGAGACCAUGGGCAGCAACGUCUUCCUGGGAGGAGUCAGACUCGGAGCUGGUACAGGCAAAAGCUACAGCAACGAUGUGGACUGGAUGGACUCGUAUGACGAGGAGCAGCAGCUUUGGCAACGCAUGAUCGAAAACCCCGAGGUUCCUCACGAGUGUACGCUGAUGCUGCGAUCGAGCAUGCGCAGCAGGUUGUACACAUGAGCCGCCCGGACUUAAAGCACAGUUAGAGGGGAGCUACGUCAUUUUUUUCCACCCCUCCUCGUCUCCUCCUGUCCAGAACCGCCAACCAUGCCUUACACCCUCAUCUACAUGUGUCUCGCUGCUCCACAAAGCAUCGUCUCGUCAUCGUGUUUACUGCUGUAGAUGAAAAUAAGAUACAUGUAUGUAGGUUAUAAUGCAAAAUAAGCACAUAAUGGCGCCGCUCCCGACGUCUGUCCGCAUCUCUGUGAUUCUCGCGCUGGAGUAAGGCCGUCGUCGAGGCACUGAUUAAUAACGUAGCGUCGUAAACAUUCCCUUUACGAGGAGCUAAGCACAUGGCCGUGCUGGUGUUUGUUGCCACACUGACAGCUGUAGACGGAGGUGGAAAGUGACUGGAAAGUUGUUGAGUCAUGACGCUAAGGCUUUUCUGUAUUAGGGUUCCCACCGGGUCCUUGAAAUCCUUGAAAGUUUGUGUAAAUCGCACUAAAUAGACAUGGAUCAUUCAAAGUGCAAGAAAGAAGUGAAGUUGAUAUUUAGGUAAACGUCUCCCUUGUUUGUUACGACGCCACCUACUGUUCCAUGCGCCCUGCAUUGCUUGAUGUACGUAGACCUUAUGCAGAACAAACGUCGAGUCAUAAUUACUAAACUGUCCACUGUCUCUCCACUGUGAGCGAGUAACGUUAAAGCAGGAGCGAGCGAAUGGCGACAUGAUGCCUGGGAAAUGCAAAUUCCAAGAUCUCCGUCUCACCAAAGACUGACUUUGUCCAAGAUCCCAAGGACAAUCACUUGUCCACAUGCAGAGCGUGCUGCAAAUCAAUGAAAGUGGACACCAUCAGGGGGCGAAGACGCUCUUACAAGUUGCCCUUCCAUCUUAUUAAGCUGUGUCAGCACAUUCGGUCCUUGAAUUUGAGGGGAAUUGAUCCUGGAAAGUCCUAGAAAAGUUCUUGAAUUUGAUGUCAACCAAGGUGUGGGAACCAUUAGCAUUAUCCUGAAAUAUGGUUCUGCUAAGUUAUGGCCCGAGAGGGCAUCAUUUAUUUAAAAUGUUUGACAUAACUGGCCCACAAUUUCUCAACUUUAUGGCCAGAAUAGUGACUUUGAACUUUUGUGCACAAAAUCAGUUGACAUUUGUGUCAAUUUUUAAAAAAACCCUGUCCUGAAUAUCACGUUAGCAAGAACAGUACGGACGAACCCAGCACAAUGUAUUUUACAGGGGCAUUAAAAGCCACCAUCUUACAUAUUUCAAAUGGAGUUUGAGAUAUUUGAAGAGCAUUUUGUCGUGAGCUCCCGCUAAUUUUAUACCCUUUGUCCGCAUGAGUCACUUUAGCUUGACUUGGCUAACUUCAGUAGUUAGCUCAGUGCCCUCAGUCUUGUCUAGUCUGACCGGCAUGGGGCCAGUGAAGUGAAUACAAGUUCAACUUUUUUGGGAAAAAGCAACCGGGUAGUUUGCAACCUGAGACCCCUGAAUUAGCUGUCAGUAACUGGACUCAAGUUUGAAUGGUGAGUUAUGGCUAGCAUCAUCCUAGCAUCAUCCUAGCAUCAUCCUAGCAGGUAAAGCGGGGAGUGACAGGAGAACUCUCCGUUACUUUCCACCUCUAAAUCUCUCUGAGAGAGAGAAAAAAACACAAAACAAUCUCUGGCACAAAGUCUUUUCCAUAAUUUAGAUUAACAUUCAGUGUAAAUUUACAUAACACACUGUAUUUUACAGGGGCAUUACAAGCCACCAUCUUGUAUUAGACAUUUGAGGAGCAUUUUGCCAUGAGCUCCUGCUAAUUUUAUACCCUUUGUCGACAUGACGAACUUCAGUAGUUAGCUCAGGGGUCUCAGUCUCACAUAACCUGGGGGCUACUCAGCGUCUAGAAAAAAUUAACUGUUAAGUAGCGGUGGGCGAAGUUAAAAAAUGAUACCAUUAUGAUAUUGUCAUAACCGUAUUUGUGACAAUAUUUCACAAUUUUAGUAUCUUUGUUGACAUGGGACAACGUAUAGUUCGCAAUAAAAACAUAUUUACGAUGCUAAAUUGGCUUUUUUGAGACCCCUGAGUUAGCUGUUAGCAAGUUUGAAUGAUGAGUCAUGGCUGUUUAGCAUUAGCAUGCUAGCCCUUGCAGCGGGGAGUUACAGGAGAACUCUCAGUUAACUUUCCACCUCUGAAUGUCUGAGAGAGCGAGAGAAAAAAACUAAAUCUGUGGCACAAAACCUUUUCCAUAAUUUAGAUUUAGAGUCAAUGUAAAUUUACAUAACACUGUAUCAGUGUGAUAAUAAUAGAAACUGCAUGGUACUGUAUUAGCCAAAAACAGAGGUAGAAGAACAAAUGGUGACGUAAUUAAAGCACUGAUCAUGACAUCACUUUACACUCAGAAAAAGGAAGUUUAGAUAUUUUUUGUGUGUGUUUAAAAAGAGUGAGUCAGCACUGAGCUGAGCCGUGUUCAUCUCGGGGGGGGGAGGAGGUGGGGACCCGAUAAUGAGUCAGCGUCAUUCAACCUUGUUCCCGUCACCUCGGGGUUCUCACGACUCACCAUCCUGUGAUGAAUCAUGCUGUUCACCACCCCGGGAAAAAAAAAAAAAAACACGAUAAAAUAAAACUCCACAAUCAUUUUUCACGUUGGAAUGCCAAUUAUCUUGCGCUUGUCCUUGGCAAAGCCGCCGCCUCACACACACUGCAGUAAUAACUCAUGAUGUCCACUGUACAACAUAUAUUUUAGAUGAGAAGCUCAUGCAAUAUCUGAUUACUGAAAAAAAUUAUUGAUGUACAGCAUGUAAUGUCUCCGUUUGUCCGUUCCAAGCAUCAGAUUCACUUUAUCCAAGACUUUUCUGUCCCAAAUAUGUUACAGGAAUAUUUUGAAAUAAACAUCUUUCCAUAGACUAA